GUAUCGAAAAAAGUGUCCAUUGCAGUUCAUUGGAGCGGAGAAGUUUAAGAAAAUAAAAUCUUUGGGUAGUUUUUCUUGAUUCAAAGCUCACUUAGUUUAUGGGACCGGAGCAAUAUCAACGUUUUUAUCUGCUUGUAGGCAUUUUUGGGUCAAUAAAUCAAAGCAGUACAGGGUAGUAGUAAGAGACCACAAAAUAUGUUGACACAUUCUGUUGUAUUGCCUACUGCAUAUUAUUCGUAAUUAUACAAAUAGUAAAUACAUAUUAAAUAAAAUUAGUCGUCAGAAUAGUUUGAAUUUGUGCUAUUACUAUAAUUCAAGCAUUUAAUGGUUUUGAACUUCUGGAAAAGGGAAUUUAUUGCAAAUGUGCAAAGACUGCGUGCCGAUCAAGUGGGUGCAGUUUUUUUUCUUUUUGAUAUAUUGUUCCGUAUUAAUUUGGUUGUUUAUAGCGGCUAAAUUGAAAUAAUAAAUUGUGAAGUUUUUUUUUUGUGAGGACUGUGUUUAUCUGUUCAGUAAAAAGCGUAAACAUCCAGCACUUUUUGCGGUGUCAAUUCUCCGUCGUCAAUUUCAUUCGUUUCUUUUAUGCGUUUAACGCAGAAUUUGCCGGCUCGCACCAACAAAUAAGAUUGAUUUCGAAAAAUCGUCGCUGGGCGGGGCAAGUUCGUCGCAAGUAGCGCGAAUCAACAUUUUAUUUUAAAAAGAACGCGCUUCGCUUAAGAAUCGUGCUCCUGCUGACCGCUAUAGAACUUUGGCAAAAUCGAUGUUAUUUUAUUGCGAAUACACCCUGUAUAGAGAGUCCUUCACAUCUCGUCGAACUUCAAAGUUACGCCAAACUUCAGUAAAUAUUAAAAUUAGUACUGGCAAUUGCAAUUCAAGAUUAUAUAUUUUUUAAAAUUUAUAUUUUUGACAAAAAGUUCUGUGUGUGUUGGAGUUACCGAAGUGUUGUAGCAUCUAAUGGUAGACUAGGGUGAACACACGCAAUGUAUUCGAACUGAUUUUGAGCAUUGAAGAUGCCAAAGUGGCGAAAUGUCUGCAGGACACCAGCCGGAGUUCGACAAACGAACGAAAAACUACCAUUAAAAACAUAUUGAGACCUAAAACUUUUCUAUGCAAGUCAACAUCAUAUGUGGACCAGUUGUAACUUAAAAGGUUUUUAUUCAUUUUCACAGAUCCAAUUAUUUUGUUUUAUUAUUAUGUUUGUUUUAAAAUUAUGUUUAUGCUUUUUAGUAUUAAUUCACACUGAGUUUUAACUACAUGGGCGAACAUUUUCGGUCUUGUAUUAUUGUGUCUAAAAUUUAAUUUGCAGCGGCAUAUUAUUGUUUUUUUUUUAAUCACGUAGUACAAGAGAUAAGUUUUAUCAUAUGAGUUGGUUAGUUCAACUUCAACUAGUUUUUUUUGUUUUCAUAGAAAUUGUUAUUAUAAAAGUUUUGCUGGACAGUGUGACUUAUUUUGUAGGUAUGUAGAAAAAAAGUUACUAAUUUCAUUAGGUUCCGAUAAUUGUUUAAUUACCUUAUUUAACCUUUUAAAGCUGACCAAGUUUCUUUCCAAUUGCUUUUAAAGGAGCCAAGAUAUUGUUUCUUUUCUUUUCUUAUUGAUGCUAAUGUAAUAUUUCUCAGUUUAUAGCGUAUCCAGGCGGACUGUAGUUUGGAUUCUUUAAAUUUCUGCAGUGUCGCCUGCCUUUGUUUUAUAAUAAUAAAUUAAAAUAAUUUAAUAUUUUCUGUCUGUACUAUCAAUGUUAUUGUCGUACAAUCUGUCAUCCUAAGGUAAAGAGCUGAUAUCACUUAUGGAGUAAAAAAAAAAUAAGUAAAAAAAAAACAUUUUUUAUUUAUUAGUCGCGACUUUGACAUUGGGGAUGUUGCACCGAGUCCAUAUUUAGAGGACUUACUCAAAGUACGAGGGCUACCUUUUAUAUUUCGGGAUUUGUAAUAAAAAACUAUGAGCUACUAACAAAUAUGACUUUACUGUUUCUCAAAAUAUUCACCCUGAUGAUCAAUAUACUUUUGCAUUCGAUAAAACCAAUCAUCAAAGCACUUUUCCCACAUGGAGUUGGACACCACAAAACAUGCUUUUCAAACGCAUCAAUCGCUUCUUCUGGUCUCAAAAAUCGCUGCCCACGUAAUUUAUUCUUAAUGUAUGGGAAUAAAAAGAAGUCAUUAUGUGCUAAAUCAGGACUAUAUGGUGGAUGGGUCAUCGAAUUAACAUUUUUAAUCCUCAAAAAGUUUUUUUUUUGCAUUGAUCGGCGAGAGCUAGUCGUCGUCGUGGAGAGUGAUUCGUCUUUCGGCGGUUGGAUGGUGGUUCAUAAUUGACUGUUUUACCAGUAAAGGAGCAGUUGCAACGUGGCCAUUUUUCCUGAAAAAUUGUUUCGAGGUGCCUUGCUCACUAACAACUUUUGUGGGCUUUGUCUCAUUCUGACAGACCCACACAGUCGACUGCUUCUUACUUGCAGCUUCAUUCAUCACCUGUCACGAUAUCAUCGACGUGUUUGGAAGCACCGCGAUCGUAUUUUUUUAUCAUUUCCUUCGACCAAUCAACACGGGCCUUUUUUUGAGCUGAUGCCAAAUUCUGUGGAAUCCAACGCGAACAAUUCUUUUUAGCGGCAAAAUGUCCGUUCAAAAUUAUAUAUAUGCUGGUCCCACUAAUGCGCAGAGAUACCUCAAUCUCAUGGUAAGUCAUAUGACGAUCCUGCAAAAUCAGUUUUCGCACUGCAUUCAUGUUUUCUUGGACAACCACCGAUUUAGGACGACCUUCACGAAAUCCAUCCUCAAGAAAACUACGACCACUACUAAAGUCCGAAAACCAGCAAUAAACAGUAGUCGUAGAUGGUGCUUUAAAUCCAAAAGUUGAAUUAAGUUCAUUCUUGUUGUUGUUCUACGUCUAAAGUUGAAAAAAAUGAUCGCACGGAAAUGCUCCCGAUCAAGUUCCAUUUUUUUAAUUUAUCACAAAAAAAUCAAACAACACUCUUUCGCCAAAACCUAACCGGAAAAUGUCAAACUUCCCUAUAAAAAUAGCAGAUGGCAGAACUAGUUUAAUAAAAUCCCGAAAUAUAAAAGGCAGCCCUCGUAUAUCUCACAUGCUACUGUUCGUGUUUAUUGAUUGGACAGUCUCCGACUAUUUGGCAAUUACCGUGUUUGAUCAAUAGUGCUUCUUCGAAGGUGGUACGUUUGUAGAAAUGAACAUAAAUCUUACUUCGUAAGCAUUGCUGUCAACUUCGAGUCAAACCGAUCAAAUUAAAAUGCAGCAACAGCCGGAUACGCCAGAUUUCGGGAGAGAGGGUUUUGCGACUCCAAGACGAAGGAGGAGGAGGAAAAAAAGACGCAGGGAGGACCUGAUAUUGGAUAUACCGGGGGUCAGAAAAAUAAUUCUUUCGGAACUAACACAGAAAAUUGUCGAGUGUGUAGCCGGCAAAGAUGUAACUUCGGAAUACCCCUGGAAAUACGUAAGGAAAGAACUGGUUCAAGACAAUCUGGAGCUGCACGAAGAAAGCUCCGAGUUUUUGCCGAUCAAGAGGGAGAUUUUGGAAUUUCCUAGAAGAGAAAUUUUAAUCGGUUACAUCGUCGACGAAAGCAAAGACGGCGAGGACGAAUUCUACAUUUGCACCACGGAAGAAGCGACGGAAGCGGUCAACCAAAUCAUUGAGCGGAUCAGACAGGAGCAAGAGGAAAGACUGCACAACGCUUUGGUCAAAUACGCUCACCCGUGGUAA